AGAAGGUAUUUUGGCAACACUACCGGGGAGCGUAUACACUCAGAAAAAUAGAUAAUUACAGGAUUUUUACCAUGGUAACUUCAUGAUCUGUGUGUUUAACAUAUUGUCAUGAAUCUAGAUACCAUAAAAAUCCAUAAACUGUUAGGAAAUGUGUACAUUACAUGCAGAUAAACAGUGCUGAUUUUGUCGUGUUGGUCUCCACGGAUUUCGAACAUGGCGAUGUUUUCAUCAAAAAUGUCCAAGUGAUAAUGUUAGGAUUUUACGAACAUUGGGCUGAUUUUAUGCACGUUUCCUCUCCACAAGAAGGUUCAGGGUGUUUAUUGCAACAGAUACCGGUGUGUUUAGUUCACCAUGUCGACGAAAGUUGUGGACAGAAUCGACCCAUUCAAUAGCAAGAUUUCCAUAAAAACGAAGAAACAGAAAAGAUCUCAGGGGUCGUCUCAUUACCGGAGUAAAAAUGCUGUUGAACUUCAAGCUUUGGCGCAGCUCAAAGAUACAGCUCCCGCAGAGCAGCAAGAGCUGUUCAUCAGGAAACUACAGCAAUGCUGUGUGGUCUUUGACUUUAUGGAUCCAGUCUCUGACCUGAAGAGCAAAGAAAUAAAACGGGCAUGUCUGAAUGAAUUAGUGGAUUAUAUAACAGCUACGAAAGGAGUACUACAGGAACCAUUAUACCCAGAAAUAGUCAAAUUGAUAGCAUGUAAUAUCUUCAGGACAUUACCUCCAAGUGAUAACCCCGACUUUGACCCAGAGGAGGACGACCCAACGUUAGAGGCAGCGUGGCCGCACCUACAGGUGAGCAACAAGAUUGUAUACGAGUUUUUUCUGCGGUUCUUGGAAUCUCUGGAAUUCCAGCCAACCAUCGCAAAAAAAUAUAUAGACCAGAAAUUUGUUCUUCAACUGUUGGAAUUAUUUGACAGUGAAGACCCACGAGAAAGAGAUUUCCUCAAGACUGUACUGCAUAGAAUAUAUGGCAAAUUCUUAGGGCUUCGAGCUUUCAUCAGAAAACAGAUAAAUAAUAUUUUUCUAAAGUUUAUAUAUGAAACGGAAGUGUUCAAUGGAGUGGGAGAGUUGCUAGAAAUAUUAGGCAGUAUAAUCAAUGGCUUUGCAUUGCCUCUGAAGCUUGAACACAAACAGUUCCUCAUUAGGGUUCUAAUUCCAUUACACAAGGCUCGAAGUCUUAGCUUAUAUCACGCACAGCUGGCAUACUGUGUUGUGCAGUUUCUAGAAAAAGAUGCUACCCUGACAGAAGCUGUAAGUAUCGAAGUUGUAAACGGUCUGCUAAAGCUUUGGCCGAAGACCUGUAGUCAGAAGGAGGUGAUGUUCUUAGGGGAAAUCGAGGAAAUCUUAGAUGCGAUAGAGCCGACGCAAUUUCAGAAAAUAAUCAAUCCUUUGUUCAAGCAAAUAGCGAAAUGUGUUUCGAGUCCACAUUUUCAGGUAGCGGAGAGAGCGCUUUACUACUGGAACAAUGAGUACAUCAUGAGCCUUAUAGAGGAGAACUCGAACGCCAUCCUGCCCAUCAUGUUUCCCAGUCUCUACAGAAUCUCCAAGGACCACUGGAACCAGACCAUUGUGGCGCUAGUUUACAACGUCCUCAAGUCAUUCAUGGAAAUGAAUAGUAAACUCUUUGAUGAACUUACGGCCAGUUACAAGGCUGAUCGGCAGAAGGAAAAGAAGAAGGAAAAAGAACGAGAUGAACUGUGGAGGAAACUGGAAAAGCUUGAAAUGAACAAUAGUAGGAAAUAACACAAGCUGGACCACUAGCGGAUAUUACGGUCCUGUUCUUGCUAACAUAAUGUUGUACCAUAAUGUAUAUGGUCAUUCAGGAGCCUACCGCGACGUUUUAAUAUAAGUUUAAAACAGGAUGGCUGCUGAUUCGAUUUGGAAUAUAUUGUUCUUGUAGUAGAUGCCAAAACAACCAGUGAUAUGUACAUGAAACCAGGCCCUGGAUAUGUUCUAUUAUCCAGGGGGGGAGUGGGGGUGUUGUUGUGGAAUCAUUACUGGGGACAAGCUGGGAACAUGUAUAAUAUGUGUGCAUAAUUUGCAGAGAACGACCUCAUGCGACGAGGUCACACGUGGCGAUCGUUGACACUUUGUAAGACCCUGGAUUGACCAUAAAACCCCCCCACUGGAAGUCUGGAUCAUAAAUGCACAAGAGUAUGGUGUCCAAUUGUAUUCCUCGUGUCCAGUUGGAGUCAUAUAUACUGAAAUAGGUGGCGCUGUAAUUGUGACACAGAAUCAUAGGAAGAGUUUAACAUCCUGCAGGAGAUGUGUGUAUUCUGCAGGACAGAGUUUUCAUCACCGUUGGUCGGCCCUCUUGAAGUGUAUCAGUAAACUUUGUUGAAAUAGUGCUUCCCUCUGAUUCUCUCGCAUGUCUGCUGUAGGAUGCCCUGAACUUACACGACGGUGGACAGCCGUCUUGUCAAAUGAUAUUGGAGAAAGUGUAAGUCAUGAAUAUAAUGAUUUUGAAUUUAAAGUUGUGUGCUAUGCUUGCAUGCACUUGACGUUUUGUAAGAUAUUUGUACGUGCAGUACCGAUGUUGGUGUGGACUGUUAGUUAAACCGAACAAAUGAUAUUGAAAUUUUGCUCAUGAAAAUGGUCUCAAAACGACUUUUCAGAAAGGGUAGUAUGGCAUGAUGGUCUGUGCCUAGGUCUGGCUAGACCGAACUUAUAAUAGGUGAGGGCAGGCCACUGAAGUGUCGAAAGUGUCAGGGUAGACCUUUGUACUUUUCUACCCUACCUGAAUGACUAAACAUUUGACAAUAGAUCAUUGAUGAGUUCAGGCCACCCUACCGAAUGUGAAAAUGUUUCCUAAAAACUUUGAUGAAUUAUGGAUUCGUACAGACUGAUUGUAAAAUAUGCUUAUAUAAUUUCCCAAUGUCAUUCAUUGUAAUAUACUUCAUUUUCUUGCACCCUGUACUUCGAUACUGCGGUAGAACCUAUUGUGAACACUUUGACGACUGAUUAAAUCGACUGGCGUUCACUUGGACAUAAGGUUUUCAACAUCAAAAUUUAUGGAUUUGCUUGCUUGAAAUGAAGCAGGGGCCAAUAUACUUGUAUUUGGUAGGCUGUCUUCUGGCUUACCCAGUCUUCAUGUGCAUCCGGAAGCCAGAGUGCGUUCAACAUCGCUAAAAAUUAGGCACUUUGUUGAAUAAUUGCCGAUGUCACUCCGCUAACUUUGGAGAUUUGUCAACAUAAAUGAUGCACUAACUUUGUGUCAUUAUUCAUCUACUGGUCAUGAGCUGAUGUGGAAAGAAAACCUGAUAAGACUUUAUAAACUGUGAAGUCGCCUUUUGCACUUGACUAUCACCGUGGCUUCUCGUUGCAUCAUGAAACAUUGGUAAUACAUUUGGAUGCACUGGAUGGAAUGGAAGAAACUUCAGAAGACUCUAACAAAAUCUUCUACCUGUGAAAUGGGUCUGCUUUAUUGUAAAAUCAAGAGGUAGGCUACUGAACGCUUCCAAGGGCAAAUUGUUUUUUUUAACAGCCCGGGCUUGUGUGUGAUUUUGCUCGUCCUCAAAGUGUCCACAAUGAAUUGUUAUCAUCAUUUGAAAGAGAUUACAUUGAUUAAGAUACUUAAUUGAAAUGCAGGUUUGAAUGUAAGUGACGGCUUGGUAACACAGUAAAGUUCUCGUCAUUUGACGCAUUUGACAGCGUGCAAUGUUGAGGAUAUCUAUAAAUCUUUCCUGUAAUACCCUAAAACAUAUGAAAUAAAAACGGAUGUCUGUUGAGAUGUGAACUUGACAUGACCUUGAAGCGAGGAACACAGGUAUCCGCUUCACUAGUGUUCCCAAUAAUGAUACCUUAUGUUGGCUAGAUUUUGGGUUUACUUUAUUAAUGAGGUUGACUCGUACUCGCGAGUCUAUAAUUGCUCAUAAACAUUUGUUUUUAGCAAGUAUGUGAACAAUUCUUUGACGGGUAUCAUAGAAAAGGUCUUGCUUUGUAGCGCUUGUAGAAUCGCCAUAACUUUAUUCAAGAUAUAAGUUGUGCACAUUUGGGUGAAAGGUCUUCAGAUAUCCUCUGUGAUGAGAACUUCCAACUGCAGUUGGCUGAAAUGGCCUGAACUUGCAGGUUAUUUCAGUGAAUGAUUACUUGAACGUUUCCAGUUCAUAGACAAGUCCUUGGGGUAUGUUGAAAAAAGAAAUUCAAUCGAAAAUUUGAACUUGGAGACUUUGCAAUUUCUAGCUAGUCCUUCUUCCUUGGUUGUGUCUUUAUUUUCAAGCUGGCACAAUUAACGGUCGUCUCGGAGGCUGAAUUGUGACCAAGAGUGAUAGGAUUUCCUCCCAAAUGGAGGGGGUUCUGUUACUUAGUUUAAACCUGGAAAUAUCAUCAUCUUUACAUGAAGGAUAUCUGCAGAUUGUUUCAAUCUUGAACAUGUCAGGAUAUCCAUAGCGGAUGUCCAACUCGUCGUAAACUGGAAUCUAAUUUCCUCCCAAAUGGAGGGAGUUCUGUUACUUGGUUUAAACCUGGAAAUAUCAUCAUCUUUAAUACAUGAAGGAUAUCUGCAGAUUGUUUCAAUCUUGAACAUGUCAGGAUAUCCAUAGCGGAUGUCCAACUCGUCGUAAACUGGAAUCUGUAUUGUAGAUUCUGAUACAAUGUAACUAUUGUUAUUGCCAGGGUGCACAUGGUAUGAUAUGCGAGCAUGUGUUGUUGUGUCGUUGAGGCCACUAGGGACCAUGUUCGUUACCCAGUGGAUGCCUUCGCCGCAGCCACAGUGUAUUCAAUGUUCCUAAUCAAACAUUUUUGGUGACUUCUUCUUUUUGUACAUUAUCUUUUAUCAAGAAGAGAUGAAGACUAAUCUUUAUUCAUUCUUGUCUUCAUUGCUAGCUAAGAAUAUGAUCCAAGCAGGCACUACAGAUUCAUAAACAUAGAGACAACGUACAGUUUUGUUUGUAGUGUUAAUUUGACCUCGGAAAGACAUAUUUUCAAGGUGCAGAUCAAGACCGAAGUUUUUUCAAACACUUAGGUGUUUUCUUACGAAAGAAUUCUUGUUCAACUGAGUAGGCCUGAAUAAAAUAGUCUUUAUAACUUGAUGGGUUUGGUCCUGCUAAAUAUGCCGCCAGUCACCUCAGUAUUGCCAAAUUAAAGAUGUCACUCGUCAGUGACGUCUUUUUGCUAUGUUUGCUGCAAACUUGGUCAAGUUAUUACUUUUCUGGAAAAUGUUUCUCAAAGCUGAAAAAAGGCUGCUUUCGCAAAGAUGAAUGCAUAUUUAGUUUCAAUAGUUGGCACCAAUUUUGACCUCGUGUAAUUUUUUCAGUGAGAUUCUAUUUUCAGGGAUAGUGUACAGUCAUCCGUGAUCUUUUCUUGUUGUUUUCCAUUUGAAUAUAAAGGAUGACGUGACAAUCAGAAACUAAAAACUCAGAAAUAUUCAUGGCCAUUUUAUUCCAUUUACCAUCGGUCAACCCUCUAUUUCCACCUUGCAUUAAAUACCUUAUGCUUGGUAUGGGUAUCAACUUGCAGUUAAUUUGUGUGCACAGAUCACAAUCAUAAAUAAGUUUUGUCUAAAUAAUUUUAACAGGGUUUUUGGAAGUUUCAAGUUACUUGACUCUUUCAAUAAGAGAACACUUUUUACUAAAAAAGUGGAACUGCUCGUAAAAGUGGAACAAAUUUUUAACCCAAGGAUGACCACCGAUAUUGUUACAUGUAUUAAGUAGUUUCGUAUUGAUCUUGAUUUUUUGUGAAAUUCCGAGAUUCAUUUGAAACCUUGGCCAGUCAUAAAACAGUUUGUCUCACUCAUGGUUUACUGUUGUGAGAAUUGGUGCAGAAAAUCAACCUCGAAUACAUGUAUCUUUUUUCUGAUUCAGUUGAAGUGGGGCGUAUUCAAUGACGAUACAUGUAGUGUAGCACUGUAUAAACAUUUGAAAUGUCAUUGUAAUCCCUGGUGCAACAACUCGUCUCCGAAGAAAUAUUCUGAUAUGGAUGUGUCUAAUAUGGGCAAAUGAAAUGAAACAAUUUUACCUAGCAAACUAUAAUGUGCUGGGUUAGUGUGAUUUUAAACUCAAUCAACAUGAAAGGUUAUGUAUCUUUUUUUCCAACUCACAAUGAAUGUAUGAAUUUAUCCUAAUGAUUACUAUUUCUAUGAUAGGUGAAAUCCCAAAAUGAAAAUAUCCUAUCCUUAGCGGGCCUGAAAUGAUGGAUCGGAGAUCAUUAGUUGCCAGAUUGGAUCCCUCGAAAUGCUGUUUUAUACUUGUUCUGUGUCACUACGAUCAGUUAUUGUGUCCUUCAUGUUCCUAUGAGGAGUAAUCUUAAGUUGAUUCCGGCAUCAAACCUUGGUUUUCAUUGUCUAUAUAAGUCACCAGGAUCUGUAUUUUUUAUGUACAUUAUGUAGUUUUUGGUGAACUUUGCUGUACAGUCAUCAGUCAUGCUAGUUUUUAACCACCAUCUAACUGGUAGACGUAUGAAAAUAAAAUGUUUAGUUCGAA